AUGCCUUCUAAGGAUUCGAGUAAAGCCCGCGACGGCGUCGAUGGAGCUCCCGAUGGCGCCGUCUUCUCCGUGUCGGGUCCUGUUAUCGUUGCUGAGAACAUGAUCGGCUGUGCUAUGUACGAGAUGUGCAGAGUCGGGUAUGACCUGAUUGUCGGAGAAGUUAUUCGCAUCGAAGGAGACCGAGCUACAAUCCAGGUUUAUGAAGAGACGGCUGGUGUCACCGUUGGUGACCCGGUUGUUCGAACCGGGAAACCUCUGUCCGUCGAAUUGGGACCUGGUUUGAUGGAAACCAUCUACGACGGCAUCCAGCGACCCCUAAAGGCUAUUUCUGACGAUUCGGAUAGUAUUUAUAUUCCUCGUGGUAUCUCUCUACCCGCUCUAGAUCGGAAGAAAAAGUGGGACUUCAAACCAGGCGAAUUCAAAGUUGGCGACCAUAUUACAGGUGGAGAUGUCUGGGGAACAGUCUUCGAAAACAGCUUGCUUCACGACCACAAGAUCCUUCUCCCACCACGAGCUCGUGGUACCAUUACGCGUAUCGCGGAAGCAGGCAGCUACACUGUUGAUGAGAAGCUUCUGGAGAUUGAAUUUCAAGGAAAGAAGACGGAGCACAGCAUGAUGCACGUUUGGCCUGUUCGAGUCCCCCGUCCUGUUAAUGAGAAACUUGCUUCGGAGUCCCCGUUCAUUGUAGGUCAGCGAGUGCUGGAUGCUUUGUUCCCAAGCGUUCAAGGUGGAACUGUUUGUAUUCCUGGUGCGUUCGGGUGCGGCAAGACUGUUAUCAGUCAGAGUGUCUCGAAGUUCUCCAACAGUGACAUAAUUGUUUAUGUCGGUUGCGGUGAGCGAGGAAACGAGAUGGCUGAAGUCUUGAUGGAUUUCCCAGAGCUCACCAUUACUAUCGACGGCCGCAAAGAGCCUAUUAUGAAGCGUACUUGUCUGAUUGCCAAUACAUCAAACAUGCCUGUGGCUGCUCGAGAGGCUUCCAUUUAUACGGGUAUCACCGUUGCAGAAUAUUUCCGUGACCAGGGUAAGCAUGUCGCUAUGAUGGCUGACUCCAGUUCGCGCUGGGCUGAGGCCCUGCGUGAGAUUUCUGGUCGUUUGGGUGAAAUGCCGGCAGACCAAGGUUUUCCUGCAUAUCUCGGAGCGAAACUUGCCUCAUUUUACGAGCGUGCUGGACAGAGUCUGGCUCUGGGUAGCCCUGAGAGGAAGGGAAGCGUCAGCAUCGUCGGUGCGGUCAGCCCGCCCGGUGGUGAUUUCGCAGAUCCCGUCACAUCCAGUACUCUCGGUAUUGUACAAGUCUUCUGGGGUCUUGACAAGAAACUUGCACAGCGAAAGCACUUCCCGUCUAUCAACACAUCUAUUUCCUACAGUAAAUACACUGCCAUUCUUGACAGAUAUUACGCAAAGGAGCACCCUGAGUUUCCUCGCCUGAGAGACAAAAUUAAGGAGUUGUUGAGUAACUCCGAAGAUCUGGAUCAAGUAGUCCAACUUGUCGGUAAAUCCGCUCUCGGAGAUCCUGACAAGAUUACUUUGGAUGUUGCCGCGCUUCUCAAAGACGACUUCCUGCAGCAAAAUGGUUAUAGUGACUACGACCAGUUCUGCCCGCUGUGGAAGACAGAGUACAUGAUGAAGGCAUUUGUGCAAUACUACGAAGAAAGCCAAAGGGCUAUCGCUCAAGGCCAGAGCUGGGCCAAGGUAAGGGAGUCAACGAGCGACAUUCAAACUGCUCUCCGAAACAUGAAAUUCGAAGUCCCCGAUAACGAAGACGAAGUCACAAAGAAGUACGAGAAAAUUCUUCAAGAUAUGUCCGAGAAGUUCGCAUCUGUUUCUGAUGAGUAG